CGUGGUUUCGAUUAUUUAAAUUGAGAAUCAGUAUUGUGCGGAAUAUUAAACUGCUGAGGUAAGCGGAAAGCCAUUCCUCGCUCUACUCUCAAACUUUAUUGUUUGGGGGCGUGGCUGCGUCAUCUUGCGUGAAAAGCAUACACCAUCACCAACAGCAUAACUAUAUCGACGCACCAUGACGCCCAAGUUUUAUCGCGUUCACGGUUGUAAAAGAUGCAAAGAACGGAAAAUUAAAUGUGAUCAAAAAACGCCAUGUUGCUCCCAGUGCAGGCGUCUCGGGAAACCUUGCCCUGGAUCAAGUUCGGGUCCGAUAUACUUUCAUGCGCGAGCGACGGCUAGUCAUCAUCAUUCACCUCGUAUAUCAUCGAGCUCUUCUCGUAGCUCUCGUUCACCACAAUCUAACCCAUCCACGACACUGCUGCCCAUAGCACAGCUAACGACGCAUAACAUACCUCAUGCACCCCCAUCGCCAAAAGAACAGGGACUACUUUCCCAACUAGCGAUCCGAGUCGGGUCUCACCACCAAGCCCCAUGGCUCCAGUAUCCAUGGUUCUUUAGACUCGCGAGUCUUUCCUUACCGCAGAACAUACAACAAGCAUUCUUAUUACCAUUGACUGCUACAGUUGAAUCAUUCCGCGCGCUUCAUGCAGGCGAUGAUGCGCUUGGAACCGCAGCAUUCUCACGGUACAUGAAGGCGACUAGCCAACAGCGCCUCCAAGUUGCACAACUUUUACACAAUGAUGGACCUGUGGACCAAGAAAUAGUACUUUACCGUGUGAUCAUGGCUUUACUUCUUCUUGAGUUUGCCAUUUCUGCGCCUGCGUCUUUGCCGCGCAAACUAGUGGAACAAGAGGCAGCCAUGAUACAUGCCCGCGGUGCCCUCGAUUUAUUGAGACUUGUUGGCCCAGUCCGCUGUCAAAGUUCUCCAUUCUUCGACAUGUUUUGGCACUUGAGAUUCAUUAUAUCUGGAUUACUUGCCAUUAGCCCAGAGCCGUGCAUACUAGGAACUCCAGAGUGGAUUCGAAUACCCUUUCUUCACCGGACCAAGACGGAUUUCGAUUACCAGAUUGAUCAAAUUCUAUUACAAUGCUCCCAGCCGCAGCGUCAAGAUCUUCCAGUGUAUGCUGAUCGCGACUUUUCUGCACUUGCCGCCAUCAAGCAAGCGAUCGGUCACGGGCCACUGGUUCCUCACUUUGCACCCCAUUACGAACGAGUUGAAGAUAGUUCCCACGAAUCUCAGGAUAUGAUUGCUUGCAAGAAGCUUAGUAAUAUUCUCAGCUCUACAUCGAUCCUGAUAUCUGGGACACUUCCAGAACUCUCGGUGGAAGCGGUUGUCCAAGUCGCCACUGCCACUAUCCAGGAAUCAGAAGAGCUUGCUAUCAUGUCUAUCGAUUCGUUCAGGGCCGUUGAACAGGCUAUUUUGGCACUCAAUAUGAUACGAAACCGAGGGCCCUCGGACCAUUGUCGCCAACAGGCACAGCAGGCCAUGGCUCGUGUGUGCGCAUAUAUCCGCGUACGGUCUGAGCCAAGGCCACUGUGUGCUCAGCUCCCUAAUAAAUGCCGGUGUGCGAUAUCCCAGGCCUUGAGUAUAAAUAACUAGAUCUAAAGUCCAUCAGAUUUAUCACAUAUAUAUGUACUAUAAGUCUAGCUUAGCAAUCAGCAGCAUGCACUCUUUCGACUUCCAUGAGUCAAAAGCCAAAUAUUAUAAAUCAGAAAUGUUCCAUUCGAAUGGCAUCUCUAGCUACUCAAAACACCAAAAAGGCCCUGCAUCUCCUUUUCUGCAAGUGUGAGCUCAUCAGCAACCUGACCUGUCACCAGCGCGUAUGCAUAAAGCAGUGCGUAGUCCCUUUCCUCCACCUUAAUCUCGAGCAGUGUAUCGUCUAUUAGAUCGUCACCACCAACCGUCGACGAACCCCUUCUCAUGUUGCCCUGACUAGUUUCAGCCUCUGAUCUACCGUGUGUGUUGUCUGCCAAACGAGCAGAACGGAACUGGAAGAUCUUGCUAAGAAGCCUGUCGCGAGCAUUUACUAUGCUAGGUACUGCAUCCGUCAACGGAUACUCUAGCAUGAUAGAGCUAGCCAAUACCUGGAAGAUGUGACAGAUGCGAUCACACAGUACCGCCCGUUCUGUCGCAGUAUACUGCAGCAAGGCUCGCUCGCCUGGUGUAAGAUUUCCCUUGAGCUGUGUCACCAGGCUCAUGGCGUAGAAGCCGUCCAGAAUACGGUUCGUACUGCGCAUGAUACUGCCACUAGCAUCAAAUGGAAACGGACCACGAAGCUCAAACUCAGACGCUGCGGACUGCCGAAGUGACUCUAGUCUGUCAGCAUCCAACUGCAUAUCUGCCAGCUCCCCGGACUUUAAAUAGUUUUGCGUACAGUCGCUGCGCAAUAAGAUAGCCAACGGUCCUCGCUUCCAGAUGAGACCCAUUUGGAGGUAGAGAGUCGAGAUGCCUUGUUUGAAUUUUCGGCGAGCGGAUAUAGGCCAGAUGACACGACAAACGACUAGACCCCAAAUAAUUCCGGCCAUAACCGACAUUACACGGUGUUUGACGAUUUCCAUGAUCACUGGAUGUGUGCCACCUUCGUCAUUAUCGCCCUCAUCUACUUUCUGACUUAGACUGUACGCAUAAAGCGUUGAGACAUUGUAGGCAAGCAGCGUCAUGCGUCCAAGCGGUGCCUUGCCACGGGCGACAAUGAGAUAAAAGUUGAAGUAGCUGACCAUGAAUCCCAAGAUCACGAGGACCACGGCAUUACCUUGGCUGAUAGUCCAGUUGACAAUGGAGAAUGCCGCUCCAAGAAAGGUUCCUACGAAACGGGACCACCCGGUCGUGUUGGAUGCGCCUACUGUCAUUGAGCAAACAAUCAUAAAGGACAAGAGACCCCAUUCACCACGGUAGUGAUUGUACCAGUCUCGUGUCCCUUCGAUGAAUGCCAGCAUAGCCCACAGGGACGCACCGAUACCUACCUUUAUUCCAAAUCUAA